UCAAUGGCCUCGAAGCAGAGGGGACAAAGACUCGAAGCCCUUCACUUCUCUUGUUUCCUCCUCUUUUUUUAUAUGCUUCCGUGGAAGUCUUAGCGACGCAUCAUAUUCCCCUCCUCCUUUCUCUCUCUCUCUCUGUCUCUCUCUCUCUCCUUUCGCCUCUCCUCGCGCCCGUACUUGCAAUCACCAAAUUUGCUACUAUUUGCUCCCCCCCCUUUGUUUCCGCUCCCCGCUUCCCGCUCCUAUGGGUUCCGAUUUGAAGGAGGAGGCGAUCAAGCGAGCUAAGGUGCUGAUGGUGGGCGCGGGCGGCAUUGGCUGUGAGUUACUGAAGACCCUCGCGCUCUCGGGCUUCCAGGAUGUUCACAUCAUCGACAUGGACACUAUUGAAGUCAGUAACCUGAACAGACAAUUUUUAUUUCGGCAAAGUCAUGUGGGGCAGUCUAAGGCUAAAGUUGCUCGAGAUGCUGUCUUAAAGUUUAUGCCUCAAAUUAAUAUAACACCAUACCAUGCAAAUGUGAAGGAUCCUGGGUUCAAUGUGGAUUUUUUUAAGCAAUUUAAUGUGGUACUGAAUGGUCUUGAUAACUUGGAUGCUAGACGACAUGUUAACCGUCUUUGCCUGGCUGCUGAAGUCCCUUUGAUUGAAAGUGGAACCACAGGGUUUCUGGGGCAGGUUACUGUCCAUAUUAAGGGCAGAACUGAAUGUUACGAGUGCCAACCCAAACCGACUCCAAAGACCUAUCCUGUCUGCACUAUCACCAGCACUCCAUCAAAGUUUGUUCACUGCAUAGUUUGGGCAAAGGACCUGCUUUUUGCGAAGUUGUUUGGUGACAAAAAACAGGAGAACGAUCUCUUUGUCAGUGCUGGUGAUGGAUCUGAUUCAGAAAAACCUACAGAUAUAUUUGAGCGAGGCUCAGAUGAGGAUCAUGAGCAGUAUGGUAGAAAGAUCUACAACCAUGUUUUUGGAUAUAGCAUUGAAGUUGCCUUGGCUAAUGAAGAAACAUGGAAGAGCAGAAGAAGACCUAACCCCAUCUUUCUUAAAGAUGUGUUGCCAGAAAGACUUAUCCUGCAAAAUGGAAACCUUGAAAAGAACUUCCUGACCGAGGAUUUACCAUUGUCUGCUAUGUCCUCUGUUGGUCUCAGUAACCCACAGGAUGUCUGGAGUCUUGCUGAUAACUCACGCAUAUUUUUGGAGGCAUUGAGAUUAUUUUUUGGGAGGCGAGAGAAGGAGAUUGGGAACCUGACUUUUGACAAAGAUGAUCAAUUGGCUGUGGAAUUUGUGACUUCUGCGGCAAAUAUUAGGGCAUCUUCUUUUGGAAUAUCUUUACAUAGCCUCUUUGAUGCCAAAGGAAUUGCUGGCAACAUUGUGCAUGCUGUUGCAACAACCAAUGCUAUUAUUGCUGGGUUAAUAGUGAUUGAAGCAAUCAAGGUGCUUCAAGCUGAUUUUCAGAACUGUAGGAUGACCUAUUGUCUUGAACAUCCAGCUAGAAAGAUGCUUCUGAUGCCAGUAGAGCCAUUUGAGGCCAACAAAUCUUGUUAUGUCUGUUCGGAGACACCCUUGCUUCUGGAGGUGAACACUCGAACCUCAACAUUGCGGGACUUCGUUGACAGGAUAGUAAAAAACAAACUGGGCAUGAGCUUUCCUUUGAUAAUGCAAGGUGCAACCCUUAUCUUUGAGGUGGGUGAUGAUUUGGAGGAAGAUGUUGCUGCAAAUUAUGCCUUAAACCUUGACAAGGUCUUAGUGGAACUUCCUACACCAGUUUCCAGUGGGACCAUGCUUACAGUUGAGGAUCUUCAGCAGGAAUUAUCAUGCCAUAUAAACAUUAAACACAGGGAGGAGUUUGACGAGGAUAAGGAACCUGACAAGAUGGUCCUGUUGGGGUGGACCGCUCGUGAGAAAGAAUCUCAGGUUGUAAGCAACGGAAAUAGCACAUCUGCUGCCGUUCCAGCAGCAGCUGAAGCAACAAUGAAGUCUGAAGAGGCUGAGGUAAAUGCAGAAAUUUCUGGGACGAAGAGAAAGUUGUCAGAAAUCUUGGAAGCAACAGAGAACCAGGAAGCUUCUCAGAUUCUCUCAAGGCCUGAUGCUGACAAUUUUAAGAAUUCUCAUGAACUUGAGGAUGAUGACGAUGAUCUUGUUGUGCUUGAUAAUUAUCCUGAAACAAGCAAGAAGCAGAGGUUGCAUUAAUUUUGAGAAUUUUUUACAUGGUAAAGGUUCUUGCCCCAGCCCCAGAUUGAGUAACUUUUGUCAUUGCGUAACUGCUUUUGAUUUGGUAUGAAGCUAAUAUAAUCAACUAACAAAUUGUACUUGGUUGAACUUCACUCUAAAUUAUCGCUUGAACAUAGUUCAAGGAGAUGGAGUUCCGGAUAGGAAGCAUCUUGAUCACUGAUGCUCAAUCCAUCUGCAUCUGCUAGUCAGGGUUGAAGGUUUUGAAACUUCUGUAACCGUGGGUGUCGGAUCUAGUCAUAUUUACUUUCCGAAAAACAUUGUAGCUUAUGGUUUUGUGUUCUUUGAGAAUCGUAGAUAGAUCUGCCCAUGACGUGUCACGGUAUUUAGCUUUGUAACACAUUUGAUAAACAAAUUGCUUAGCCAGUCAUGAAUUUGUCUUGUUAUUCUGUUUAGAAACAUCAGAUUUUCAGAAAGUUACUUA